CUUUUGAGAACCUUCUUCUUCUUUUGCCGAUUCAUCUGCGACUCCUCCUCGAAGAUGGCUCGCGGCAGCUCCGGCGGACGCUCUUCUGGUCGUGCUGCAUCUCGAGCAACUCCGACGAGGAACCCACCUCAAAAAGCGCGCUCUGCACCUCCACCUGCUCCCGCUCAAGCAAGAGAAUCACUCCUUGGCUCAUUUGUUGCCGACAUUAAGGAAGGGUUCGGUUUUGGUGCCGGGAUUACCCUCGCGCAUCGAGCAAUUGAAGCUGUUCUAGGUCCUCGUUCCAUUAAACUUGAGACUGUAGUCUCUCCAGCCCCAACUGCUCCUCCUCCUGUGAAUGCCUCUUUGGAAUCUGAUGCUUGCAAUAUCCAUUCUAAAGCCUUCCAGGACUGCCUCAACAACUUUGGGAGCGACAUCAGCAAAUGCCAGUUUUACUUGGACAUGCUCAAGGACUGUCGCCGUGGAUCUGGUGCUGUUCUUGCCGCGUAGUGUUUGAUCUAUUUCAAAUAAAUUGUCGUUCAGCAUUAUGGUUAGGGUUGAUCUGAGAUGCUCGUAAUGGCGUUGCACUUGGAUUUCUAUGCUACGUACAUUUUCAUAAUUGUUUCGGAGCAAGUAGUACACGAACUCUCUUUUGAUUUCGGUAAUGAAGUUGAGUCCCGAUUCAAAUGUGGUACCGCCCGC